AUGUCGGACGGCCCCAUCUCGCCUCCCAAGCCCGCAGUGGUCCAUGAAGCACACGAUGUCGACACUUUCCACGUCCCUCAGGCGUUCCACGAUAAGCACCCCACCGGCACUCACUUGAAAGAUCUCGACGAGUACAAGAAGCUUUACGAUGAAUCAAUCAAGAGCCCCGACACUUUCUGGGCCCGCAUGGCCCGCGAGCUCCUCACAUUCGACAAGGACUUUGAAACCACACACCACGGCUCCUUCGAGAACGGCGAUAACGCCUGGUUCGUCGAGGGUCGGUUGAACGCCUCGUUCAACUGUGUCGAUCGUCACGCUCUUAAGAACCCCGAUAAGGUUGCCAUCAUCUAUGAGGCCGAUGAGCCCAAUGAGGGCCGCAAGAUCACUUAUGGAGAGUUGAUGCGCGAAGUCUCCCGGGUCGCCUGGACCCUGAAGGAGCGCGGUGUCAAGAAGGGUGACACAGUCGGUAUCUACCUGCCCAUGAUUCCCGAGGCUGUGAUCGCCUUCUUGGCCUGCUCCCGUAUUGGUGCUGUGCACUCCGUCGUCUUCGCUGGCUUCUCUUCCGAUUCCCUCCGGGACCGUGUCCUGGAUGCCAAUUCCAAGGUCGUCAUCACCUCCGACGAGGGCAAGCGCGGUGGAAAGGUCAUCGGCACCAAGAAGAUUGUCGAUGAGGCUAUGAAGCAAUGUCCCGAUGUGCACACUGUCCUGGUGUACAAGCGCACCGGUGCCGAGGUGCCCUGGACCGCUGGUCGUGAUAUCUGGUGGCACGAGGAGGUCGAGAAGUACCCCAACUACCUCGCCCCCGAGCCUGUCAACUCCGAGGACCCUCUCUUCCUGCUCUACACCUCUGGCUCAACUGGCAAGCCUAAGGGUGUCAUGCACACCACUGCCGGUUACCUCCUCGGUGCCGCCAUGACUGGCAAGUACGUGUUUGAUAUCCACGAUGAUGACCGUUACUUCUGUGGUGGUGAUGUUGGCUGGAUUACCGGUCACACUUAUGUCGUGUACGCUCCUCUGUUGCUCGGUUGUGCUACCGUCGUUUUCGAGAGUACCCCCGCCUACCCUAACUUCUCCCGCUACUGGGAUGUCAUUGACAAGCACGACGUCACACAAUUCUACGUUGCACCCACUGCUCUGCGUCUGUUGAAGCGUGCUGGAGAUGAGCACAUUCACCACAAGAUGCGCUCCCUCCGUGUUCUCGGCUCGGUUGGUGAGCCUAUUGCUGCUGAGGUCUGGAAGUGGUACUUCGAGUCCGUCGGCAAGGAGGAAGCUCACAUUUGCGACACAUACUGGCAAACCGAGACUGGCUCUAACGUCAUCACCCCUCUCGGCGGUAUUACCCCUACCAAGCCCGGAAGUGCUUCCUUGCCCUUCUUCGGUAUCGAGCCUGCCAUUAUCGACCCCGUCUCUGGCGAGGAGAUUCUUGGCAAUGAUGUCGAGGGUGUUUUGGCCUUCAAGCAGCCCUGGCCCAGCAUGGCCCGUACCGUGUGGGGUGCUCACAAGCGUUACAUGGACACCUACUUGAAUGUCUACAAGGGUUACUACUUCACCGGAGAUGGUGCCGGCCGUGAUCACGACGGCUACUACUGGAUCCGUGGCCGUGUUGAUGAUGUCGUCAACGUCUCUGGACACCGUCUGUCCACCGCCGAGAUUGAGGCCGCUCUUAUUGAGCACCACGCCGUUGCUGAGGCUGCCGUCGUUGGUAUUGCUGACGAGCUGACCGGCCAGGCUGUCAAUGCCUUUGUUGGUCUCAAGGAUGGCCACGAGCCCACAGAACAGCUCCGCAAGGAUCUGACGAUGCAAGUUCGCAAGUCCAUCGGUCCCUUCGCCGCCCCCAAGGCCGUCUUCAUCGUGAAUGACCUCCCCAAGACCCGUAGCGGCAAGAUCAUGCGCCGUAUUCUGCGGAAGAUCCUCAGCGGUGAGGAGGACAGCCUUGGUGACACUUCAACGCUCUCCGACCCCGGCGUUGUGGAUACAAUCAUCGAGAUCGUCCACGCUGCCCGCAAAUAG